AUGGCGACUCCAGUAUCAUCAUCACCUUCUAUAUCGCCCUCCACAUCCGCAACCUCCCUCCUCCGUCGCGUCGCUUCUAUCAAGACCAAAAAUGACAUUUCUGAGCGUCUCGAGACUCUGAGGAUGACCAGUGCGAAAGCGCGCACAAGAAGUGUUUCCAAUCCUUCAUCUUGGAGGAAUCGCUCGCAGCCUCCUACGCCUAUUUCUACUGUGUUUCCCGGGCUGGGUGUGUCGCAGAGUGCGCAUCGCCAAGGGCUUCCGGCUUGGGAUCGGACACUUGAUGCUGUGUAUCACGGUGCUUUUGAGAAAGGAAGUUUCGAAAAGGUGCUUAAUUCUUUCUAUGAGAAUCAUGCGAGAGAGAAACCAAAUUCUGGCUAUUUUCGACUGCCUGAUUCUGUGCGGUACCGGAUCUGUCGCUAUCUACUUUCGCCCUGCGACAAGCCCCUGCGUUUAAACAAACAUGCACUUAGCCGUGAUGUUUGGCGCAAAGAAGACUUUGAGUCACCUUCAUCAACAUUACUGCAAAUCUCCUCUUACUCUGAAGUAUCUUUCGCCUUUCGCGCGGACAUUCUUGUCGCAUUUCUGCAAAACACAAAACUACACACCGUCUUGUCACCAUUCACUGGACCGAGAGUGAGUCCACUUGCAACAACAUGGCUCAACAACUACGGAAUGUACGCAAAGAACAUCGUCAUAGAACUUGACAUGACUCAUCUAGGCUGCGGCUCUGAUCCUGGGGCUGUAGGGCUGUCGCCAAACGUCGAGCAGAUCGAGAAACUGCUCCAAGAUUUCAUCAAUGCACAAAUGAAGCGCAAGGAAUCAUGCCCCAUGGAGAGUCUAGUCCUUCUCUGUCGACGUUUCCACGGAAGACGACCCCCAAGAGCCAUCGCCGAGCCACCUCGCGCCAUCAGUAGUCGACCAGGCUCACGCUCGGCAUCACGAUCAGCAUCGCGAAGCGCCAAAACACCAGAGCCGUACAGUCCAACAGCGUCAACGCCCCGACGAUUCGACUUCGAAGAAGACGCUGGAGGCCUACGAAGUCCGACUUUACCCGAUAUCCUCAGUCCAACUUAUCCAACUGCAUCACUCGUCGAAGAGUAUUGUCCCGACUCGUACCUCCUUUUCUGCAACAACGUCCUCCAUCUCAAGGGUCGCAUCGGUUCGGUCCGCAUGUGCGGUUUCAGCGAGGAGUACACAGCGCGAUUCAUGGGGACACUGUUCUCGAAUAACAGCAAGAUCACAAAGAGCUACGCAUACCGCGUUGCGCCAUCGACGAUAUGGCCUAAGCUAGUCGGUCAGAAGUCCUACGUUGAUAUUGGCGAUGGGAAUAUUUCUCUCGACGAUCACGAAGUCUCCGCUACCAACGACAUUCCCAGCUCUUUGCGCAUCUGGGAGGGUUGCGUGCAGCUUCCUCCGCCCCAGAUCGAUGCAAGCGGAGAUUUGCUACUCCCCGCCAUCGUGGGUGAUUUGCAGAAGCUGAGGAGCACUUAUGCGAGAAGUGCGACUAGCUUGUCGGAACGGACAUGUGAGGAUCUCAGAAAGGAUGGUUCGAAGGGCGAUACGUUGGACAAGAGGACGAUUGCGUGGUUCAAGAGCAAUUACGGCAAGGGGAAGCUCAAGAAGAAGAAGAAGAAGAAGAGGGUAUUGAGCAGAGAUGCUGCUACCACGUAUUAA